GUGCGGUCGUCUGGGUUCGGACAAGCGUUUCACGUCACUGAAGCUCGCUUCAGGAGGCCUUUUCCCCACCGGCUCCCAUGAGUACGAGGUGUUUCGCUUCGCCCUGGCGCAGCACCAGGACGUCCCCAAACUGGUGCCGCAGGUGGACAUGGUGGACACAGGGAGCAGCUUCGCCAUGACCUACGCCUUCUGCUCCCAGUUCUCUAAGGGCGUGUACGCCAUCAUGGGUCUGUACGACCGGCGGACGGUCAACAUGCUGAUGUCUUUCUGCGGCUCUCUGCACGUCUGCUUCGUUACGCCGUCCUUCCCUGUUCAGACCAACAACCAGUUCGUCCUGCAGCUGCGGCCCCAGCUGCAGGAGCCCCUCAUGGCCCUGCUGGAGCACUUCUACUGGACCAGGUUCGUCUACAUGUACAGCUCCGACUCAGGUCUCACAGUGCUGCAGAGGAUCUUGGACACGGCGGCGGAGCGGAGCUGGCAGGUCACCUCCGUUAACUUGGACACGCUGACAGAAUCGUCCUUCAUCAAGCUGCUGGCCGACCUGGACUACAAGAAGGACUAUCAGAUCAUCAUUGACUGUGAGCUGGAGCGGCUCAACUCCAUCCUCAACCUGAUUGCUGCUCAGAGGAGAAACUUGAAGAACUACCAUUACAUCCUGGCCAACCUGGGCUUCAUGGACCUGAACGUCACAGAGUUUCAGAAGCUGGGGCCGAACGUGACAGGCUUCCAGCUGGUGAACCAGUCCGAUCUGGCUGUGGAGAAGAUCAACCAGGACUGGCUGGAGUUCGACAGCAAAGACCUCAAACUGGCCCGCAGGAGGCUCAGGUACACAGGAGCUUUGACCUACGACGGCGUCAGCGUCAUGGCAACGGCUUUCCAGAACCUGCGGCGGCAGCGGAUCGACAUCUCUCGCCGCGGAAACGCGGGGGAAUGUCUGGCCAACCCCCCCGCCCCCUGGGGACAGGGCAUCGACAUCCAGAGAGCCCUGCAACAGGUGCGUCUGGAGGGGCUGACGGGUCACGUUCAGUUCGAUGAGCGAGGACAUCGCACCAACUACACUCUGACUGUGAUGGAGCUCAGUCACACGGGACCCAGGAAGAUUGGCUACUGGAACGAGAAGAGAGGCUACGUGAACACUGCCAUCUACAGGCCGGUGGUGGAGGAGUUCUACGGUCUGCAGAACAGAACCUACAUCGUCACCACCAUACUGGAAGCUCCCUACAUGAUGCUGAAGAAGAACCACGAGCAGUUUGUGGGAAACGACAAGUACGAGGGUUACUGUGCUGAACUGGCCUCAGAGAUCGCCAAACACGUCGGCUUCACCUACCGCCUCGAGCUGGUGGGCGACGGCAAGUACGGCGCCAGAGACCCCGACACAAAGAUGUGGAACGGCAUGGUGGGAGAACUGGUGUAUGGGAAGGCCGACGUGGCGGUCGCUCCGCUCACCAUCACCCUGGUUCGAGAGCAGGUGAUCGACUUCACCAAACCUUUCAUGUCUCUGGGAAUCUCCAUCAUGAUCAAGAAACCCACCAAGUCCAAGCCGGGCGUCUUCUCCUUCCUCGACCCGCUGGCCUACGAGAUCUGGAUGUGUAUCGUCUUCGCCUACAUCGGAGUCAGCGUGGUGCUCUUCCUGGUGAGUCGUUUCAGUCCUUAUGAAUGGCAGGGGGAGGACUCUGAUGAUGAAGAGGAAACUCUGCCCUCCUCUGCCUCUCGACGAGCUCUGCCGACUUCGUCCUCCGAAUUCGCUCACUCUCCGGGGUACUCCCGGGCUGAGGUCCAGAACCUGCAGAAGGAAAAGGAGACUCCAGAACACACCAACGACUUUGGGAUCUUUAAUUCCCUCUGGUUCUCACUCGGGGCCUUCAUGCAGCAGGGCUGUGACAUCUCCCCCAGGUCUCUCUCAGGUCGAAUUGUUGGAGGAGUCUGGUGGUUUUUCACCCUCAUCAUCAUCUCCUCCUACACAGCCAACCUGGCAGCCUUCCUCACUGUGGAGAGGAUGGUCUCCCCCAUAGAGAGUGCAGAGGACCUGGCCAAGCAGACAGAGAUCGCCUAUGGUACCCUGGAUGGAGGCUCUACCAAAGAGUUCUUCAGGAGGUCAAAGAUUGCAGUUUUUGAGAAGAUGUGGUCGUAUAUGCGGAGCGCAGACCCUUCGGUGUUCGUCAAGAACACCAACGAAGGCGUGUUGCGAGUCAGAAAGUCGAAGGGGAAGUACGCCUACCUGCUGGAGUCCUCCAUGAAUGAGUACAUCGAGCAGAGGAAGCCCUGCGACACCAUGAAAGUCGGAGGCAACCUGGACUCUAAAGGCUACGGAGUGGCCACGCCCAAAGGAUCGCCCCUCAGAAACCCUGUUAACUUGGCAGUGUUAAAACUGAACGAGCAGGGCCUGUUGGACAAAUUGAAAAACAGAUGGUGGUAUGACAAGGGAGAGUGCGGCACCGGGGGAGGGGACUCCAAGGACAAGACGAGCGCGCUCAGUCUGAGCAACGUGGCGGGAGUGUUUUAUAUACUGAUCGGUGGGCUGGGGCUGGCCAUGCUCGUGGCUCUGGUCGAGUUCUGCUACAAGUCCCGGAUCGAGUCGAGAAGGAUGAAGGAGCUUAUCGAUGCCGCCAUGAUGAGCAGCAGCCUCGGCGGGAUGGCAGGAGGAGUAGGGGGAGGAGGCGAGAACGGCCGCGUGGUGGCGCACGAUUUCCCAAAGGCCGGAGCUCAGGGUUUACCCUGCAUGAGCAAGGCAGCCGGCCUGGGACUGUCCUCCACGGGCAUGUGAUCAAAACCGAGACGCCCGAUUGGACAGAACGCUCCCGUCCGUCUGUCGGUAAGGAACGUGAGGAGAGAAAGGAGGAAAAGAGGGGAAG